AUGAUCAACCGAAAAGAAGAACAAGGCCAAGAAGCCAUUUCCACUAUCCAAAGUGAAAAGUCCGACGCCAAAGUUGAUUGGAAAGAAUGCGACAUGGGAAACCUCGCUCAAAUCCGCGAAGUCUUUGGCGGUCUGCGUGAAUCCCUCGAUAGACUUGACUUUUUGGUCCUUUCAGCAGGUAUCAACACCAAUCAGUUUGGCUUGGAUUCGGACGGGAUUGAGCGACAUUUCGGUGUGAAUUUUUUGGGGCAUUUUUAUGUGUGCAACCAGCUUUGGCCACUGUUGCGAAAGACGGGAAAGAUGGAGAAUACACCGCCGCCGAGAGUUGUGUUUGAGGCUAGCGAGAUGCAUCGUCUCGCGCAGCUUUCGAACAUCCAGUUCAGAAGCAAGGAUGAAAUCAACGAUCCGAAUCUUGACUCCACGGCUCGGUACAACAGGACCAAGCUUGCGAUGAUCUUGUUUGCAAAGUAUGGAUUAGCUGGAAAGGUUAUCCAGGAGAACGGGGAUAGAAUCUACGCCCUUUCUGUUCAUCCGGGAGCUGUAAAUACCGCGAUGCAGCAGCAGUGGAAAGACGCCUACCCCGGCCUGACAGGAAAACUUCUAUCCUGGGCUAUGCUAGCCAUCGGACGUGACGUUGAGCAGGGAUCUUACAGUGCGCUCUGGGCGCUGACUUCACCCAAGAUCGAAGAAGAGGAUCUGAAUGGGUACUACUUCUCUGACCCUGAUCAGGAGGGUAAAGAAACAAGUCAGGCUUCGAAUCCCGAGUUGGCAACCAACUUGUGGAACUUAAGCUCGACUCUUAUUGAGGGGGUGUUGGGCAGCGACGCUUUGCUUGACUGGAAUGUGUCUACGGUCGCUGAUAAAGAUCUCAGAUAA